UGCGUAGUUUGUUUUUGUGUUCUUUCCCGCUUAAUCUGGAGGUGCAACCCUCUUGCGACUGCGAUAAAUUGAGCGAUAAUUUUAAUAAUUUGCCACGAUUACCUGUAAAUUCAACUCGCAAUAAUAUCCAGCAGGAACAAUUCAGUCUGCGGCUCUGAACCGAUAACCCACGGGAGUGGCAAAUAAUGGCAAAGAUUCACCUGAGCAACGUCGUUGUGCUGGACAACCCGUCGCAGUUCCGCCAUCCUUUUCAAUUUGAAGUCACUUUCGAGUGCAAUGAGGAACUUAAAGAAGAUCUGGAAUGGAAAGUAAUUUACGUAGGCUCAGCAGAGAGUGAAGAGCACGACCAGACCCUAGAUACAAUUUACGUUGGGCCCAUUCCCGAGGGACGUCACAUGUUUGUUUUCCAAGCCAAUUGUCCAGACGUGACUCGCAUUCCUGAGGCUGACGCUCUAGGCGUCACAGUAGUCCUCCUCACCUGCAGUUACCGAAACCAAGAGUUCGUUCGAGUUGGCUACUUCAUCAAUAAUGAAUACUCGGACCCUGAUCUAAGAGAAAAUCCCCCAGCAACACCACAGUAUGAUAAGAUCACCAGAAACAUUUUAGCGAGUGCCCCGAGAGUGACCCGCUUCAAGAUCGACUGGGACAACUCAAGCGGCGAGCAGAACGGCGAGAACCAAGCGAAAUUGGACGGCGUUCCGGAGAUGAGUGAUAGUAACAGUAUGGCUGACGGGCACGUUUCAUCUCUGUGUCAAAUGAACGGCGGUACUCUUGGAGACAUGAUUUGUGAUUCAGAGGAUAAUGUGCAGAACGACAACUCUCAAAGCAAUCUGAACGCCAUGGACCUGAUGUGAGCUUGUUUCAAAACCAAAUCAGACUGGAUAAAUUUAUUUUGCGCAGAAGUAUCUCAUUUGCUAGCCGAUACGUUAAUUUUUUUAUGGUGAACCAGAUGAAUGAUUUCUUUUUGUUGUCUUUCGCUGUCAACUCGCUUUCCUAAUUGUUUUCACCAUGAUCAUAAUUGUUUUGUACUGUGGUUGAGUGUAAAUAUUAACGGCAAUAAAUUUCUAAACUGUCUAUAUGUAAGAAAUUUGA